AUGAGCCAAUUCCACAUCCCAGACUCCCGCACCGGCUCCUCCUCGGACAACGACACAGACCCCUCCAACGACAACGACGACCUCGACACCCUCCCCUUUGCGCGGCCCCUCCAACGCUCCGACUUCCUCGACCCGGCCUUCACGCCCAGCGCCUACCUCUCCACGCUCUCGAACCGGCACCAGACGCUCGAGGACCUGCGCUCUGAGCUGCGCGCGCGCAGCCAGCUCGUCAGCCGCGAGCUGCUCGACCUCGUCAAUGCAAACUACGCCGACUUCCUCACGCUGGGGAACAGUCUGCGCGGCGGCGAGGACAAGGUCGAGGGCGUGCGGGUGGGGCUGCUGGGGUUCGGGAAGGAGGUCGGGGCGCUGCAGCGCUUGGUUGGCGAGAGGGAGGCCGAGGUGGGGAGGCUGAUGGAGCGGCGGAGGGAGCUGAGGAGGGGCGUGGAGGUGGGCAGGCGGUUGGUGGAGUUUGAAGAGCGGUUGAGGGAGUGUGAGGAGGCCCUGGUUGUCACCAAGAGGGAGGCGGGGGGGUUGGAGAGCGAUGGCAGCGAAGACGACGACGAAGACGACGAGGACGAGGACGCACGGUUGGGAAUGCCCAUUGCGCGGCUGCGGAGGAACGUCGUGCAGUACAGGCUGGUCAGGGACGUGGUCAAGGGGCUGGAGGAGCAGCCGUUUGUUGCGGCGCAGACACCGCGGCUGGCCAAGGUGCGCAGUACGCUGCUGCUGGAUCUGAGCACGGCGCUGCAGCAAGCCAAGGGAGCUGGGAGCGCCGCGUCGGGCAGGGUGCUGCAGAUUAUGAAGAUUUAUGCGGAUAUGGAGGAAUCGGGCGAGGCUAUCAGGGUGCUCAAGACGCUGAAGAGGUGA